GCCACGUUCGUUAGGUUGUUGUGUGUUGCUGCCAUGGAAGUCUGUGUGUAACAUUGUCAGCUACGGGUCCGUUCUGUGCCGUGAAGAAGGCUGUGGGGUAACUCCAGGCCAAACACCCGCGGGUAACCUGAGCGUCUACACCCGGGAGAGCCGGACACAGGAGGUGCCCAUGCAGAGUCCGCUCGGCACCCCCUCCCAUCAGGGCGGGGAGAAUAACGGAGGUCUCGCCCUCACCGGCUCUCAGGUCUCCGUGACCCGGCGUCCGAGUAGCGCUGGAAACGCCAAACAUAUCUCGCGCUCCAUCUCCGUCAUCACUGACACCAGGAGCAGAGGAAACCAGGCGAGGGACUCGCCUCGAGCCAUCAAUAACCUACGCAGGUCCAACAGUACCACUCAGGUGACGCCAGACAACAGUUCGCUCUUCAGCCAGGAGCAGCAUGAAGAUUUCUUAGCCUUUUUCGCGAGCAGCUCCGUCGGGAGGAAGAAGCUCCAUGGACUGGCCAAAACCCCUCCGGAAAAGAAGACCACAUGGAAUGUUCUGGAUGACCAUCCUCGUGCUUUUCCUAUACCUUCAAGUGCCCGUAGUGCUAGCUCAGUACAGAGCAUGAAGAGAAGAGACAUGCCCGCCCUGGCACCCAGCUUUCCAGCCAACAACAGGAGUAACAAGGGAACAGUGGGAAACACCGUAACCACCAUGGUGCACAAUAACUAUUCAUCCGGGGAUCGAGGACUCGCUGCCAAGAGCUCCAAUCAGAAGCCGCCAUCUCUAAAUAACCAGAGGACAGCCAAUGGUGAAGAAUCCGGAAGCAGCUUCCAGAAAUCCCAAAAGAAUUUGUCCAGCACAAACAACCUGGGACGUAACAACACCGGAAGAAGCGCAGCGCCGAAAAGAAAAGAGGUCACCGCUGAAGAGGCAGAGCGGUUUAUUUUGCAAGUGAACAAUGCGGCAAUCACCAUUCAGCGUUGGUAUAGACGCCAGCGUCAGAAGCAGAGAUCUGGAGAGGAAGCUCUACGGCAUAUGUUAGCUUCUAAAAAGGAGGAACGGCACCAUCAAACAGAUGAGGGCAGUUACUUAAAUUUGCAUCAGUCCAAAGAGGAAGAACGCAAGAGAAUCCGAGAAGAGAAAGCACGACAAGCCCGAAGGGCAGCCAUCCAGGAACUGCAACUAAAGCGGGCACAGAAAGCCCUGGAAGCACAGAAGCUGGUAGAAGAGGAGCUGGCACUGCUGGAACAGAGCGGGAAGGUGGGAAAAAAGGUUGGCAGGAAUUUGGUCAAGUCUUCAUUACAGAGAAGCAGGAAAUCCAAUAAUAAUAAUACAGAUUCUAGAGUGCAAGAUACAUUGGAAAAUGAUAAUUCAAUGAAUUCUCUCUUCAAGCCAUCACCAGACUACAGGAGCAGUGAACACAGCGCCCAGGUGCUGUCAACUCCUGACCAAGUUCUGGGAGAAGUGGAUGUAGCAGCCUCUGCCCAGUCUAAGACCAACCUGACAGACCUGCUGGACACCCUGAAGCAACUGGAAGAGCCUGAACCACUAAUGGAUAUUAGAACAGAGGGCAAAGACAAAUUUAAUUGGAUCGAUGGGGACGCUGACACAUCACUUACGACGGAUAACCUGGAGCGCCAUAGUCAGAUGACCCGCAACGGACAGGUGGAACAGAACGAAGUUCAUGGUGGGGCUGGGGCUCUGCUGACGGAGGCAAAGCUGCAGAACAUCAUUAGUUUUCUGGAUGAAAUGGAAAAAGCUGAACAAGAAAGGCCACGUUCUUCAGGUUCCAACACUCACAGAGGGGCCCUACUGUCGGAAGAAGAGCUGAACCAUCUGGAGCAGGCGUCGGCUGUCGCUACUGAGGUGACAAGUUCCAUGUUGAAGAUGCGACUGGAGCUGGAGGAGAAAAAGAAAGCACUGAGUCUUUUGCAGACAGCACUAGCCCAGCAGCGGGAAUUAACUGUGCGACAUGUAAAGCAAACGGAGAAAGACAUGAGCUUUCAGCUGAAACAGCAGAGCGAGCAGUAUGAGGCCACUAUACAGAGGCACCUCACGUUUAUCGACCAGCUUAUCGAUGACAAGAAAGCCCUAAGUGAGCGCUGUGAGUCACUGGUAAGUGAGCUGAAGCAGGUGGAUCACAAAUACUCCAGCAAGAUCUCCCAGAUGCAAGAGCAGCAUGAUAUGGUUUGGCAAACUUUGGGCCCCCUGUGUGAGGAGAUGAAGAAGCUGCAGGAACUCAUGACGGCUACAGAAAAAGUGCGGCGAGAGAAGUGGAUCGACGAGAAGACCAAGAAGAUAAAAGAGAUCACAGUGAAGGGACUGGAACCUGAGAUCCAGAGACUGAUCUCCAAACACAAGCAGGAGAUCCGCAAGUUAAAGGCUCUGCACGAGGCCGAACUUCUGCAGUCCGACGAGCGUGCGGCACAGCGAUACGUGCGCCAAGCGGAGGAGCUGCGACAAAACCUGGAGCGGGAGAAGGAGGAAGUGAGCCAGAGGGAGCGAGAGCUGGCGAAACAGAGAUACGAGAGGCAGCUGACCCAUGAAGAGCAGUCACUGCAGGAGCAGCGCCGGCGGUUAUAUAGCGAGGUGUCGGAGGAGAAGGAGCGCUUAAAACAGCAGGCGGCCAGGCAAAGAGCAGAAUUGGACGAACUCCGCAAACAGCUAGAGGACAACUGCGCGCUGGCCACACGAGUCCUGAAAGAAGAAUACGAGAAGAGCAAGGAGGAGCAGGAACGGCGCCACCAGAUCGAGCUGAAGGCGAUCAAAGAGCGUCUGGAGAUAGAGAAGCAGGCGUGGGAGCAGAACUACAGGAAGAAGGAGGAAGCCUGGCUCCUUACCAGGGAGCGAGAGCUCAAAGAGGAGGUACGGAAAGGGAGAGAUAAGGAGAUAGAACUGGUGAUCCAGCGCCUGGAGGCCGAAAUGUCUACAGCAAGAGAAGAAUGUGAAAGGGCGGCUGAGAACAGGAUUAAGAGAGUGCGUGAAAAGUAUGAAAUGGAGCUGCAGGAGCUGGAGCGAUCCGAGAAGAAGUCACAUGAUCGCUGCAAAGAAUUAAAAGAGCGAGUGACUGAGCUGGAAGGGGAGCAGAUCAGACUGCAAGGGCUUCUGAAGCAGAGGGAGCAUGAAGUGGAAGAUCUCAGGAAGAUCACCGACCGGCUGAACGAGGAGAGGAGGAGCCUGUCAGAUGUCAUCCGCCAAGAGUUCGCAGAUCGGUUGGUAACAACCGAGGAAGAAAACAAAAGAUUGAAGAUUGAGGCUUCCGAAGCUCAUGCGCGCCAUCGCCUGGAACUAGAAAGGGUUACACGAGAGAAGGAAGAGGAGCUGGAGGAGGUUCACAAAAGAGUGAAAUCUGCCAUAGUGAAGAAAGAAGAGACUGUGAACAGUCUGCGGAAACAGUGCGAGGCGGCAGUCAAGAGAGCAGAUCACUUGGAAGCUCUCCUGGAACAGCAACGCAAACAGCUAUUGGCAAAGUAACCCCUAGUCCUCACCCUGUGCCCCCUUGUGUGCCCACUUGUGCCUCCCUGUGACGGACACUACUGCAGGAGUUUUAGUUUGUGCUUUUUCUCUGGUUUGUCAUUUUGCACACUUUUCGUUGGUGCCUCUCAUUUCUAA